AAGAACACCCCUUCAAAAAUCAACCGUUUAAACCCUAAAAACCCUAACCCCUACGCCACCUAAAAUGUCCUCAUCAACCAUCUUCCACCACCGUUCUAGAACCAUCUUCCGCCACCACAGCCUCACCAUCCUCCGCCACAUGGGCGGCGGUCCACGCACCUUCCCCGGCGGCCUGAACAAAUGGCAAUGGAAGCGUCUCCACGAAAAACAAGCCAGACAAAAAGAACAACGCCUUCUCGAUCAAGAAAAACAACUCUAUCAAGCCAGAGUCCGAUCCGAGAUCCGCUCCAAACUCGCCGAUCCGGAUCCAUCCGUACACGUUAAUUCACCCAAUUAUAAACCGUUAUCUCCUAAAGAACAUAUUAAAACCCUAGCGGACCGGUUCAUGAAAGAAGGUGCUGAAGAUCUGUGGAAUGAAGCUGAUGGUCCAAUUAGUUCCGUUAGUUCAUCUUCUAAGCAACAAAUAGUAAGAAUUGAAUCUAAUCAUAAUCCAAUUGAUGUGAAGAGAAUGUUAUCUGGUCAAAAUAGUCAAAGUUAUAGUGUGAGUAAUCAAUUGAGUGAAAAUUCUUCACGUUUUGGCUAUAAUAAGUUUAACAGUAGGCGUUAUUCUUCGUGUUUGUAUCCGGAUAACCAAUAUAAGUCGUUGAACCUGAACUUUAGGAAUUAUUCUGCGAGUUUAUAUCCAGAUAACCGAUGUAAGUUGUUGUACGCCAGACGUUAUUCUUCGUGUUUAUAUCCGGAUAACGGUUAUAAGUUGUGGAGCCUGAAUGCUAGGCAUUAUUCUGUGUGUUUAUAUCCGGAAAACCGAUAUAAGUUGUUGAACGUGAACGCUAGCCAUUACUCUGUGUAUAAUUAUUCAGUUAGGGCUUCUAGGUUUAGUUACAGGAAGAAUGAUAGUUCGUCGAGUGACGGUACGGACGAUGAUGAGGGAUAUAUGAUGAAGGAGAGGAGGGAUGGGGAUUUGAGAGGGGUGCGGUUGAGUUUGGUUGGGUCGGACGGGGAGGGGAGUGAUGAGGAAGGGAAGGGAAAUGGGAAGAAGGGGGUGAUGAUGAGUAGUGCGGCUUUGGGGAAGUAUGAUGUUAAGAAGACGAAACGGAUACCAUUGAAAGCGUUGGAAGAUGAGGAUGAUUUGUCGCUGCAUGUACAGGUUAUUCGGAAUGAGUUUAAUAAGAGACGGAUGGCUGAGAAAGAUAGGGAAAUGGGUGAUGAUGACUCGAUCCUUAGUCCAAAGAGGUUUGAUGAGUGCAAUAUAUCUCCGUUGACUGUAAAGGCGCUUACUUUAGCAGGCUAUGUGCAAAUGACCAAGGUUCAAGAUGCUACGAUAUCUGCAUGCCUUGAGGGCAAGGAUGCUUUAGUCAAAGCGAAAACUGGAACCGGGAAAAGUGCUGCUUUUUUGCUCCCCGCAAUUGAAACAGUUUUAAAGGCUUCAGUUAACAAUACUGCAAAGCGGGUCCCACCAAUAUGUGUUCUUAUUCUGUGCCCCACAAGAGAACUUGCUAGUCAGAUAACUGCAGAAGCUAAUGUAUUGCUAAAGUACCAUGAUGGAGUUGGUGUACAGUCACUUGUUGGAGGUACUCGAUUCAAAGAUGAUCAGAAACGUCUAGAAACAGAACCAUGCCAUAUUAUUGUAGCAACUCCUGGUAGAUUGCUGGAUCACAUUGAGAACAAAUCGGGAUUCUCUGCACGUUUGAUGGGAUUGCAGAUGCUCAUACUUGAUGAAGCAGACCAUUUACUAGACCUUGGCUUCCGGAAGGACAUAGAGAAAAUCGUCGAUUGUUUACCUCGUAAACGGCAAACUUUACUCUUUUCUGCAACACUUCCAAAGGAGGUUCGGCGAGUAUCUCAACUUGUUUUGCAAAGGGAGCAUGCUUAUAUUAAUACAGUUGGAUUAGGUCCAGAAACACACGAUAAGGUCAAUCAAUCUUACGUUAUUGCACCGCAUGAACAACAUUUCCAAAUAGUACACCAUCUAUUAAAGGAUCACAUUUUUCAGGUCCCGAAUUAUAAGGUUAUUGUGUUCUGUACUACAGCAAUGAUGACGUCACUUAUGUUUUCGCUUCUCCGUGAGAUGAAAAUGAAUGUCAGAGAGAUUCAUUCUAGGAAACCGCAGCUCUACCGAACUCGUGUUUCUGAAGAGUUUAAGCAAGAAAACCAGCUUAUUCUAAUUACCUCGGAUGUGUCAUCUCGUGGAAUGAAUUAUCCUGAUGUCAGUCUGGUAAUUCAGGUGGGUGUCCCUGUGGAUCGUGAACAAUAUAUAAAUCGACUUGGAAGAACAGGGCGUGAAGGUAAAGGCGGAGUAGGAAUAUUGUUACUUGCACCAUGGGAAGAAUAUUUUCUUCAAGAUAUCAAUGAUCUUCCUCUUCAUAAAUCUCCGUCACCACAUUUAGAUCCAGAUAUGAAAUUAAAGAUUGAGAAGUCAAUGGCGAAAGUUGACCCGAGUGUGAAAGAGGCAGCAUAUCAUGCCUGGCUUGGAUAUUAUAACUCGAUCAGGGAAAUAGGUAGGGAUAAAACGACACUAGUUGAGCUAGCCAAGGUUUUUUGUGACACGAUUGGGUUAGAAAAAGUGCCUGCACUCUUUAGAAAAACAGUGCUCAAGAUGGGCCUAAAAGAUAUACCAGGCAUUCGGGUUCGAAAAUAGCCCGCCAACCCGCCCUGUUUACUUGUUUACGGGUCCUAGCAUAAUCUUCAAUCCAAGAGUUCAUUUGUUUUCCUUUUCUUGCGUUUGAUUAUGUACAUAUAGCUAGGGAUGAGCAUUUGGUAUCAAAUCCCGAUCCCGAAAAUACCAUACCGAAUUUUUUCGGUACCGGAAAUGGUAUCCGCUUUUUGGCAUUUUCAGUAUCGGUAUUUUCGGGAUCGGUACCGGUAAAAUACCGAAUUUUACCUUCAAAUACCGCUACCGUACCGAUACCAUACCGACAUAUUUCGGUAUCGGUAUCGGUACCCAGUUUUGGCGAAAUUCGGGAUCAGGAUUUUCGGGAUCGGGACGGGAUCAGGAUUUGCUCAUCCCUACAUAUAGCUGUUAGAAAUGAUCAAAUAUGAGAGGGGUGGGUAUACUCCUUAGUAUUGCAAGGGAAUUGGAAUCUUGUAAUAUCAUGUGGGAUCUUUAAAUA